AUGGGCCAACUUCCGUCAGCAAGAAAAAUUCCGUCGCGCGCGUUCUCUAAGUCUGGCGUGGACUAUUGCGGGCCGUUCUACGUUCGACCUCUUAGCCUUCGCGGACCGUCGGUCAAGAUCUUCGUCUGCAUGGCCUCCAAAGCCGUCCACAUCGAAAUGGUCUACGGCGUCGUUCAUAAGCGCAUUGAAACGCUUCGUUUCGCGUCGUGGUCGCGUUUCGGACACAAACAACGUUUUGACGAGAUUUGCUCGUCCAAUUCUAUAAGCAAUGGCUGCACUGAAAAUGGAAUACAAUUUCAUUUCAAUCCGGCACGAUCUCCUCACUGCGGAGGGCUAUGCGGGGCGGCCGUUAAAAUCUUCAAGCAUCAUUUGUACCGGAUUAUGAGAGAAACGCACCUCUCCAUUGAUGACUUCCACACUCUCAUCACGCAAAUCGAGGGUAUCAUGAACUGUCACGACUUUGUCAUCAGAUCCAGCAGAUGUCAUUGCCUUAACGCCAGUGCAUUUUCUAGUGGGAGAGCCGAUACACUCAAUUGCUAA